CCCGCAAUCAAGUAAACAACAUAUGAGUAGUAGCCUACAGCUUGUCAUUUAACUUAUAACCAUCUCAAACCCCCCUCACAGAUCUCCCAAAACACCAUACACCGAGAAACAUCAUGACAAGCCCACCCUCCGUCUUCCGCCCCGGGGCCACAGCCCUCAUCACCGGCGCCGCCUCCGGGAUCGGCUUCGCGACCGCGCAACACUGCCACCAGCAGGGGAUGAACCUGAUCCUGCUCGACAUCAACCCCGCCAAACUGACCGAGGCCGCGAACGCGCUGGACCAGCCCGAAUCCACCACCAAAAUUCACACCUUCAUGCUCGACGUGUCCCAACAAGAAGCCUGGGAGCGCCUCAAGCCGACCAUCCACAACCUCUACCCAGACGGCAUCGACCUCCUCAUGCUCAACGCCGGCCGCCUCGCCCGACCAGCCCCCGGCAAAACCCCCUGGCAGGACCCGAGCUACUUCGAAACCACCUUCGCAACCAACACCUUCGGCUACACGAACGGCCUCGCCGCGUUCCUCGACAGCGUCACCACCACAGGAAAAAACCCCCGCGCGAUCAUCCUCACCGGCUCAAAGCAAGGCAUCACCAACCCCCCCGGCAACCCGGCGUACAACGCCUCCAAGAGCGCCGUCAAGACCAUUGCCGAGCAUCUCGCGUUCGACCUCCACGAGACCCAUCCGCAGGUCGGCGUGCAUCUGCUCGUGCCCGGCUGGGUGUACACAGGCAUGAUGCAGACGUAUUUCCCCACCAAGCCGGCCGGGUGCUGGACGCCCCAGGAGACGGUCGCGUUCAUGGUGGGCAGGAUGGCGGCCGGGAGUUUUUAUAUUAUCUGUCCGGAUAAUGAGGUCAGCGAGGCUUUAGAUAAAAAACGGAUUGCAUGGGCCUGUGGGGAUGUGGUGCAUGAUCGGCCGGCGUUGACGCGGUGGCGCGAGGAUUGGAAGGAGCGGGCGGCGAGGGGGAUUGAGGAGCUGGAUGUGUCAAAAUGAGGGCUUGGAUUUGGCCAGUGGGUGUGGGGAGGUGGAGUUUGGAUGUAUUGGUACGUAGGGCGAGGAUGAGCGGAGCGACAGUGUUGGAAUUAUUAUGCAAAACAGUCCUGGAUGCUCAUUGCACUACCGAUGCAUUUAUGCGCAGCGUAGUGGUAUGAGUUCCACUGAAGCGUGCACUUUCAUUGGUCGCAUACUACUAGUCAGCAGCAUUAUGCACAAUUAUUAUGCAUAUCUAAAUCUACAACUUCUACAGUGGCAAGCAAGUGGCGAUCCCCCACCCCAGCGCACUCCACGAAAACACAUCAUUCAAGG